GAGUCGUUAAGACAUGUCGCAAGAAGGGUGGUAGUUUGGGAGCAACCGUUUAACCGUAUUUUGUGAGUGUUUUUUUUUGUUUCCGCGAAAUUUAUUUUUUUGAGUAGUUUUGAAAAAUAAAAAAAUGGUACCGAACGCAGUAACAAUGUCAGUGCUGCCGCGAAACGUGAUUGUGGCCAUCAAGGACCAUGGCGCGGCCAAAGGGCUGCGGGAGGCCAAGUUUGAUGUUUCCAGUGGUUCCAGAAACGGGGACAGUUACUCCGGGGACGUGUACCGAAUCGUGAUAUCGCCAGACGGCGAUGAUUUGGACGAUUGCCGCAACAACAAUAGUGAUGAUCCCAUCACGACCCUGCCAAAGACGAUCAGCGUCAUCGCCAAGGUGGCCCCGACGAGCCAGCUGCGGCGCAGUCUCUACAACAGCUCGGCGCACUUUCAGCGCGAAAAGUACAUCUUCGACAUCGUGCUGCCAACGUUCGAGAAGUUCCAACAAACCCGCGGCCUCAAACCGUCCCGCUCGUUCACGCACUACCCCACGGUCAUCGCGUCGGAGUGCACCGAGGGCCAGGAGUUUGUCCUGCAGGAGGAUUUGGCCGCGCAGGGCUUCCGCAACUUUGAGCGAACCGAACCGCUGGGGUACGAGCACGUGGCCGGGAUUUUGGUCCGGUUGGCGGAGUUUCACGCCAUUUCGUUCGCCAUGAAGGACCAGGCGCCGGACAUUUUCGACAAGAUCGUUGGCCAACUGCAGGAGACGAUCUUCGUGGCGCCGCUGCACAACUCGUUCGAGGGCUUUCUGAAGCGGCAGUUGGAUUACGCGAUGCGAACUUUGGAGCACAGUCCGGCCAAGGGGGACGAGGCGGUCACCAGGAGGUUGGCGCGCUUCCGCGACGAGUACGGUCCGUCGAUGGUGGACUGCGUGGAGAAUCGGGAGGACGGAGUGAUUUGCCACGGAGACUGCUGGAUCAGCAACAUUUUGUACCGACAAAAGUCUAAACAACACCCGAAGGAGCUCAAGUUCCUGGACUGGCAGGUAUCCCGGUGUGGCACACCGGUCAUCGACCUGUCCUACUUUAUCUUUUGCUGCACGGACACCGAACUGCGGCGACGCCUUCCGGAGCUUCUGCGAAAGUACCACGAGACGCUGGUCGAGCGAAUCGACGAACUCGGCAGCGAUGGCCAUCGGCUGUUCCCGUUCGAGACGCUCCAGAAGCACCUGAAAAAGUUUUCCCGCUUCGGAUUCGGAAUGGCCCUGAUGACGCUGCACAGCACGUGCUGCGUGGAAAAGGACCUGCCGGACAUUUCCGCCAUUCUGCAAACGUCGGAACUAGUCGACCUGGACAAGUACGCGAAAGACAUGCUGAAAAAUCCGGCCUACAUCAAGCGCAUGACCGGCGUUUGCCGGGACAUGGUUCGGCUGGGUUAUCUGUAGUAAUUAUCUUUUUACAAAACCCAUUCAUACAAAAUGUUUUAGAUUGUAAAAGUACUUAGACAGUAUUGUUGAAAUAAGCAAAACCAACUUUAAAGUUAACAGGUCAAACCUCUAACCAACAGAUCACGAUUGGUUGAAAAACAAGGCAUAUCAAACUGGUAUUAGCGUUAUAAAUAAGAAAUUUCACAAAUACACUUUUCACACCGACAGGGAUUCUAGUGGGUAAGCUGCGACGGCGGGUUUUACAUUGAUUAAAUUUAACACAUAAAAGUAUAAAUUACGAAUCGUAAUUGGCCAGUUUAAGUCAUCACAUUUUAGUGAUUCGGUUGUACAAUUCGGAGUAGCAUGUAGCUUGAGGCGCGUACAAAGGAAACCAAUAUAUUAAUUUGCAAAUGUUAUUACAUUGAAAAAGUUUACAAAAAUACACACUGGGAUACUCACCUAACCAAAUAACGCACACACUGAUGUAGUUGAGAGACUUUGUGGCAUCUGUUCAAUUAGCUAGAAUUAAGCAAAUUAUGCACAAUAAUGAACACUUUUCAUACGUAAAUGUUUACCUAGAAGACUUAUCCAAAAAUUGCGUUGCAUUUUAUUAUACGUUAUAGUUAUAAGAAAUGCUAAAUAUAGAACAUAAAUUUUAAAC